AUACUCCUGUGCUUUGGCUGCGAGAAUUUAGUGCCGAUCAGUGCUCUAGUGAUUUGAAGUCGAGAGUGAAAUUGGCAUUAUCAAUCAUGAGCUCUGACAUGCGAGUGUCCAUUGUGGCUUUGUUCUUGGUGGUGUUGGUGGGUUCAAAGGGGUUCGUUGAUGGGGCUGGAGAGUGUGGCAGGACUCCGAUUAGGUCGGCGGCGACUAGUUUGAGUCCAUGUUUGAGUGCGGCCGGGAAUGCAAAGGCUAGGGUUCCACCCCUUUGUUGCUCAAAAGUGGGUGCCUUGAUCAAGACUGCACCAAAAUGUCUUUGCGCAGUUUUGCUGUCUCCUUUGACAAAGCAGGCUGGAAUCAACCCUGCCAUUGCUAUUACUAUCCCCAAACGUUGCAACAUUAAGAAUAGGUCAGCUGGAAAGAAGUGUGGAAAGUACACCGUCCCAUGAGAGAUGAGAACAAAAAUAAAAUAAUCGAACGGUAGAAAAAAAGAAUAAGAAAUAUUGUUAUGAUAUGAGGUGGCGAUAGCAAGUGAUAAAUAAAUAGCCAUGAAGGUCAUUUGAUGACCCAUUUGGCCCCUUCAGUUGUUUCGUGUUUUUUGUUAAAUUGAUUGGGACUUUAUAAGUAGUUAACUUACUUAUGUUCUUA